ACUUCCCGCUAUAAAUCUUCACCAUUUCUCCAAUUAGGGUUUUUGUACAUUAUCGGCCGUCGCCGUCGCCGUCUCAACUCUAGAGAGGGAGAGGGAGAGGGAGAGAGAGAUUUGCAUUAGGAAAAGAUGAAGACGAUCCUCUCAUCGGAAACUAUGGAUAUCCCCGAGGGGGUGAAGAUCAAAGUGAACGCCAAAAUCAUAGAGGUAGAAGGCCCUCGGGGAAAACUCAUUCGUAACUUCAAGCAUUUAAAUUUGGAUUUCCAGUUGAUUACCGAAGAGGAAACUGGAAAGAAGAAGCUCAAGAUUGAUGCCUGGUUCGGAUCCAGGAAGACUUCGGCUGCCAUUCGUACUGCACUUAGCCAUGUUGAGAAUCUUAUCACUGGUGUCACCAAGGGUUAUCGUUACAAGAUGCGGUUUGUUUAUGCUCAUUUUCCGAUCAAUGCUAGCAUCACCAGCGGCAACAAGUCUAUCGAGAUCCGUAACUUUCUUGGUGAGAAAAAGGUGCGAAAGGUGGAUAUGCUUGACGGGGUAUCGAUUGUUCGAUCUGAGAAGGUCAAAGAUGAGUUAGUCUUGGAUGGUAAUGAUAUAGAGCUUGUAUCUCGGUCUGCUGCCUUGAUAAACCAGAAAUGCCAUGUCAAGAACAAAGACAUCCGGAAAUUCCUUGAUGGUAUUUAUGUCAGCGAAAAAGGAACUGUUUUCGAAGAGGAGUGAAGAAUCUAGUAGUUUUGUUCAACCACGCUUUGGCCUUUGGAGAUAAUUUCAUCUUAUAUAUUUUAUGUUUCAUAAGUAGAGAAAUUCAUGGAAGCUGGUUUUUGGAGGGAUAAGUAUGUGCUGUAGACAUAUUCACAAGCUUUUUAGUUCGUCGCUGAUGUCUGAUAGAGGAAAUGCCAGUUUUUCAUUGUUUGGUUUAUAUUUCCAGGAGACCUAAUUUUGUUCUUCUUUGCAAGGGUGAGAUGCUCUGUCAAUUUUUCAAUUUUUAGUUAGUAUGGUACGAUGAAGCAAACUUGGUUACUGUGGAUGCACUUCUUUUUUCCUUUUGGCCAAAAAUUUUGCAAUUUUGCGUUUGCUGACUUCAUAUUUGGUGUCUUACCACCAAGUUCACGUUUUGUCAUAUAUAGAAAGCCGUUUUUUCCUGCCAA